CACAGACCAUGAAAUUGAACAUUUGUAGUGUUAUUGUGGUGUUAUUUAAAUUUUCAAAAUCCAAGUUAUGUGAGAGUUAAUAAAUGUAAUUAUUUCAGAAAUUUUUUAACCAAAAAUGUCUUUUUCCGAUUUAAAACAUGCUUUAAGAAAGUUUGACUUCCCGGCUUGUGCAAAAGAAGCUCUUAUUAAGAUAGAACAAUUAUUGGUCGGGCGAGCGGCUCCUACGAACAAACAGCUCGAUGUAGCCAUGGAUAUAAUAUCAGAGUUCGUGUUUUGCGAGACUGAUAGACGCGGAAACCGACGUGGUCUAAACCCUCUGCAGGAGCUCCAACUAAUAGAUGUGAUCUGCGACUAUAUCUCUGCUUGUAACAGUGAUACUACGAAGAAUACGAUAUUUUUAUCUUUAUUUGGAAGUAUGGAAAGUCAAAGGAAGUUGAAAGUCUUAAGUAUUCUAGCUAGUAUGGCUGUUUCAGCCUCUAGUACGCCUGUGUUACUAGCGGUAGGUGUAUGGCUCCAACAAAUGGGUUGCUCAUCACCACAAUCUCUACAACUGGUGGAAAAUGUCAUCAGAGAUCACUUUUAUCUCAACACAUCCAAUCAGAACACCCUCAAGAUCUUAGCCACGACAGCUCCUCAGUUUGUGUCAAACUUCAUCACAGCGGUCACAGAACUGUACAUGCAUGACAUACAGAGGGUCAAGAAGAUGCCACCAAAGAACUUGCUAGAAAUUAUCACAUCUUGGGUAUACUCCAACCCAACUCUCUGCAUGUCAGCACAGUUGAACCCAGCGUCUCUGCCCAAUGGCUCCAUUCCUAUGGGAGCUGUCACACCGCUGGCUGGCUUGAUACACUGGUGUGCAUUGGCUCCUCUUUAUAUAGAUGAAGAUACAGAAAUGGAGGAACUACCCAUAAAGCGAAUCAAACUAGAAGAUGAGAAGUUUCCAAUUGUCAAAUCAGUACCAAGCAAGUCUCUUACUGAAUCAGAGUUAUAUUUGAAGCUACAUCUUGGAGUACUGAACAGUUUACGUGCAGGGAGGAGAACUCACGGCCCUCCGACAGCAGUGAAUGCUCAGCAUUUGGCUGCGUUGACACCGUUGGUGCAAAACUAUGCACAUCAACUGCUGAAGUGUGGUGUUAAGCUACAAACUGAUACUAGAUUACAGGAUUGCUUGGACAGAAUAGGCCAGGCCGUGCAAGUGGCCCUCGCCAACGGCUGUGUGUACGGCAACAUCAGUAACCUUCUAGCUGCACUGGACACUCUACCUGAGAACAGGCUCCUGCGCAUCAUCAUCAAAUGCCACCAGCAGACCAUAUGACAUGUGCUCUGAUUGGGGGAUAGUGUGGAUGUAUCAGCUAUGGAGACUGCUGACAUUGAGGGAACUAA